UGUCCUACCGUUUUUGCUGAUAGAUUGAAAAAAAGAAUUAAUAUUAAAAAUUUGUCUUUCUUAGUAUCUUUUUUCCUGCGAAUUUCUGAGCUCACAAAAAUGGCGACUGUUCCUGAACCUGAAGUAGAAGAAGAAGAAGAGAGAUUGAGAAUGAGAAGCUUCGUUGAGGAAGAAGAAGAGCAUGAUGAAUUGAAGAAACUAGCAAAAUCAUUUCUAGGUUUAAGCUUCUCAGUAAUGUUAGCUCAUCUCCCAAACGACGCAAUCUCUAUAGUCCCGAGAUUAACAUCUGAAGUCACCGAGCUAAAACGACGUCUCGCGACGGCGGAGGAACAAGUCCGUCAGAUGAAAUCUCGGCGCGUGGAGGAUUCAAAAGCUAACGCGCGUGUGGUCGAGAUCUUCGCAAGUCAUAGAAACGCUUGGCAAGAAGAAGAGAAACGAUUGUUGAAUCGGAUUCAUGAAAUGGAAGAAGAAAGAGAAGAUUUCAUGAAUAGAAUCAAUGAGCUCGAGAGAGAAGUUAGUGAGAGAGAUGAGAUGAUUGGGUUUAUGUCUAGAAGAGAGAUUGAGGAAGAAGAUGAAGAUGGAGAAGGAGAUGGAGAUGAGUCUAGUGAACGUUAUGGUGUGGAUCACCUCACUGUAUCAUCAUCACCUAAUGCUUAUGGGAUUAACCCAAGUUCCAAUUUUACUCCUUUCCAGGAUUUACAAUAUGAAUCUUUGGAAUCUGUGUAUCGUAUGAAGCAUUUUGUGCCAAGAAGGGAAUCACCAUGGAAGAUUGAUAGUGAAGGGACGGGUGUAUCUGCGAAACUGAGGUUGCUUGAAGAGGAAUUACUGAAUCUUGAGAAAGUUUGUCGUAGUGACAUUUCGAAAGUUCCAUCUUUGUUGAGGAAACAGGCGAAGAGGUAUCAAGCUCUUUCAGGGAAGAUUGAUGAUCUAUGUAGAAGAAUGCAGAGUAGUGAUCCGUGUGAUGCUACAUUAGGACCUGAGUUCAGGACGCAAAGACAAACCGAGUUUCUGCUCGAGUGUUUCAGGCUUCAGCAGCGGGCAUCAGAGACAGGGCAGAAGCUAGUUUCAUUGCAGACGGAAAUCACGAGGAGUAAUCAAGGAGAUCAGUUAAGCCAAGCCAAGAUGAACACAGGGAGGUCAUUGGAUUUGAUUAAGAACAACUUGAAAGAAGUUCAGAGAAACUUGGAGAUUUGGCUGGCUAGGAUCAUUGGAGAUCUCGAAGGUAUACUUGCUAGAGACGGGGCUUCACGUGUAAGAGAAUUCUACGUUGCUCGAUACCCUUUUGUUCAGUAGAAUCAGAAAUCUCUCUAUCUCUUAAGGCUAACUCGCCAUUUUUUUUGUUUCUUUUGCCUUGUGUAUGUGUGUCUGUAACUGUGGUUAACCUGCUAAAGAUCAGUGUAGAAGUCUAGGUUUGAUCUGAUAAAUAAACAAGUUGUGUUAUAUUAUUAAUCAUUCCAAAUGUUGUGGGGUCAAAUGUGAAAAAUGUCAGGUAAGUUUGUAAGUCGCAAUGAAUUUUAAAAAGCAGAUUAGAAUCUCAAGCCACAA